CUCAUAGACUAGUGUAAAACUAGUUUAGAUGUGUAUGUCCUUGUUCAUCCUUUUUCAUGUGGCAAAUGAAGUUAGGAAAUUUGAAUGAAAGAGAGAAAGAAAAAGAAGAAAAAAAGCAAAAAAGGCAGAUGAGAUAAGGGGAUCCAAUUUGCACUUUAGCAAACCGUUUUAAAAUGCAAAGUAAUAAAAAAUGGCUAAAAAGAAAGAAAGAAUUAUCAUAUACAAAUAGUAAAGAAGAGCACAAAACGGUUCACCAUUCCAUAUUCCAAUGGCUACAACUUCCUUGCAUCUCUUCAUUUUCAUUUUCAUUUUCAUCUCCAUCUCUCUCACAGCAAAUGGGACACAACUCAUAUUGGUUAACAAUUGCAAAGAGAGUGUGUGGCCAGGAAUCCUAGGAAGUGCAGGGCACACAUCACCAAAAGAUGGUGGUUUUCAUCUUUGCAGUGGAGAAGAGGUAGUUUUAGACCUCCCAAAUGGAUGGUCAGGUAGAAUAUGGGGAAGACAAGGUUGUUGCUUUGACACAACAGGAAAAGGGUCAUGUCAAACAGGUGAUUGUGCAGGUCUUUUAAACUGCAAUGGCAAUGGUGGUGUCCCACCAGCUACACUAAUUGAAAUGACACUUGGAACUUCACAAUCAGAUUUGCAUUUCUAUGAUGUUAGUUUGGUUGAUGGAUUUAACCUUCCUGUUUCAAUGAAGCCUAUAGAUGGUGGUGUUGGUUGUGGUGUAGCUGGUUGUGAAGCUGAUUUGAAUUUUUGUUGUCCAUAUGGACUUGUUGUGAAAAAGGAAGGAAAAGUUGUUGGAUGUAAGAGUGCUUGUUUGGCUGCAAAAUCUGAUAGGUAUUGUUGUACUGGGGAGUUUGCUAGUCCUAAAAUGUGUAAGCCAAGUGUGUUUGCUCUUCUUUUCAAGACUAUUUGUCCUCGAGCUUAUAGUUAUGCUUAUGAUGAUUCGGUGGGGCUUAGGACUUGUAAAGCAACUAGAUAUGUCGUUACAUUUUGUCCGUCAAAUUGAUUGUUUGAAUAGAGAACCUAAAUCGUCUAAAAUCGAUUGGUUGUAUAGUGUAGUUGGUUGAAUAUUAAAAGAUUACAGGAGAAAUAAAUUUUUCUCUUAAUCUAAUAAUCUAUACUCAACUUCACCGUAUAUCUAAUUUUUAUUUUUGAUUUGAUUGUUGUCAAUCCAAAAUGGAUUAUUAUAAUUUGAAAUUGUGACUAUGAUGGUUGUUAGAUUGUUA